GCGGAUUGGAGGAGGCAGGCAGCCUGACAUUACGCUUCCCCACACAUAUCUCGGUCACAUGGAUGUGACGCCACAGCUUUGGUAAAGCCACUCAGCUCUAGCACUAAAGUCAAUAUACACAAAACGGUAUGAUGAGGAACGGAUACCCAGAGCUAGGAGAUAAGGAGCCGGUACGGGGGCAAGUCCGGGUGUGGUGCGAUGGCUGUUACAGGAAAAAGCAGCAUUAAACGCUUGUUUCUUGAUUUACGCAAGGAUAAAAAUAAUAAAUGCAAAGGCAGUGGUGUCUGUUCCUGAGAAGCAUAAUGUAUUUUGAUAUUGAGACUGGGCAAUAAGAUAAGAACCUGAGCGGUCACACGUGCUGUAAGAAAACUCAUGGGGGGGAAUUCACAAACGUGUUGUUAUGACAUGGUACAUUAUGGACAUUCCAACCAACUUCGUCAGGCCCGGGCCAUGGGAGGUUACCUGAUUGUUGGCGUACAUACAGAUGAGGAAAUUUCUCAGCACAAGGGCCCACCGGUCUUUACACAGGAAGAACGCUACAAGAUGGUGAAAGCAAUUAAAUGGGUGGAUGAGAUUGUGCCUGGAGCCCCCUAUGUGACCACCUUGGAGACACUAGACAAGUACAACUGUGAUUUUUGUGUCCACGGAAAUGACAUUACAUUGACUGUAGAUGGAAAGGACACAUAUGAGGAGGUUAAGAACGCUGGUAGAUACAGGGAAUGUCAACGCACACAAGGAGUGUCUACUACAGACUUGGUUGGACGGAUGUUGCUCAUGACAAAAGCCCAUCACAGCAUAGAGGUUACUCUUGAUUAUCAGAAGCACCAGGACAACCUAAGUAAAGAUGCAAGAGGUCACAGCCCAUGGACAGGGGUGUCGCAGUUCCUUCAAACAUCUCAAAAGAUUAUGCAGUUUGCCUCAGGAAAAGAGCCCUCUCCCGGAGACACUAUCAUUUAUGUUGCUGGAGCCUUUGAUCUCUUUCAUAUUGGACACAUAGAUUUCCUAGAGAAAGUUUAUAGUUUAGCAGAAAAACCAUACGUAAUUGUGGGGCUGCACUUUGACCAGGAAGUAAAUCACUACAAGAGGAAGAAUUAUCCCAUCAUGAACAUUCAUGAGAGGACCCUUAGUGUCUUAGCCUGCAGGUAUGUUGCUGAAGUAGUUAUUGGGGCUCCAUACUCUGUGAGUGCAGAUCUGCUUGAUCACUUCAAGGUUGACAUUGUGUGUCAUGGGAAAACAGAUGUGCUUCCUGACAGAGAUGGAUCAGACCCUUAUGCAGAACCAAAACGGAGGGCAAUAUUCCGUGUCGUGGACAGUGGCAACAGUCUGACAACAGAUGACAUUGUACAACGGAUAAUAAAGAACAGACUUGAAUAUGAAGCUCGCAACCAGAAGAAAGAAGCCAAAGAACUUGCUGUGUUCGAGGCCCAACAACGAAGGGAGCAACUUAUAAAUGGGCACAAAGACUAGUGAGACUAAAUGAGCACAAAGACUAGUGCAAGGGCACGUGUUCCUCCCCAUAUACCAACCACUAUUCAUAUAUUCCAUUACAUCAGAACCACCCAUAUUGUCUAGUACAGUCUAGUACUAUGUGCAAACUGCAAAAUCUCCAGAUGUUGAGUUUAGCUCCCAGAAUACCAAAUCGCAAUUACCUGGGUUUACCCAUCCCAGGUCUAACUGUAUCGCCAAUUAAUUCUAUUAGAUUCCACACAAGCAUUUUAAAUUGUAACUUAUAACUUCUUACACCACUGUAAAAUACAUUAAUGUAAUGAUCUUUUAACAAUGUUUGUUUUUACAUCAAGCCCCCUACCAUUAGAGCAACACAGCAUUCAUGUAUGUAAACAUCCAGAAGUGGUAGUGAGUGGUGCACAGUGCUGAAAUAAGCUGUGUAAAAUAAAAGAACCAAAGCUUUA